AUGGAGAAAGACGCUAUAGCCAGAUUAAAGACCAAAAAGAGGCCAGUUAGCCAACAGCCAAGCAAAAGGUGCCUAUAUCGAUCAUCCAACAUGGAAAGACGCUAUAGUCAGAUUCCAGGUCAUAAGGUCAUGGAUCAGGGUGUGUCAAUGAGUGGUCCCUUUGACCCCAUAGCUGAGUCUACCGCGAUGGACGACGACCCAUUGUUGAGGGAAGAGUUCGACCUCUUAGAUGAAAUUCUGGAAACUGAUCGUACUAAAAGGUCUAGUUCUCGAGAACCAGAGAGCAUUACCAAACCGACUGUUUCUCUCACUAAAGAUGAUGAAGAGAUAUCUCCUGAUUUAAGUGAUUUACUUCCAAAGAUUCGUAAGAUUAAAGAUCAAAAUUUCAUGAAACCUGUUGAUCCCGAGUUAUGUCAAUUGUUAAAGUUAUUGAGUAAAGGUCUGAGUAUUACUGACAGACAGUAUGAAUUUUCCAAGUAUUUACGUGAUCAAGAAAAAAUGCAUCUACCAGCCUCAUCUACAUCACACAGAGAAAUCAUGGAGAUGGCUAGUUCACUGUCUUUUUGGCUAAGCUGA